CCCAAUUCCAACUGAGAGGGAGGCUUGAGUCAAACUCGGCGAGAAAGAAAAGCCCAGAAAGAAGCAGCGGCGGGCAGACCAGCGAUGGAGAAGGCGGUGGCGGUGUGCGGCCAAGCAGCGGUGGAUCUGCUCAACUGCGUGGCGGAAUCGCCAUACGACAAUGACAAAUGCCUCCGCCUCUUGCAGGCCUUGCGAGAUUGUGCCGUGAAGCAGAAUGUGAAGAAGUUCUCCCUAGCAAAUGAGGCCAAGAAAGAAGCUGAUGAGGUAUCCCCCAAGAAAGGUUGAGUUCACACACUCUUGGCCCUUUGCCGGAUCCAUCUUUCGUUGUGGGGUGUAUCAAGUUCAUGUCUUUUCGAUUCAAGGACUUCACUUGCUAGUCGCUAGUUGAGCUUUUGAUGUCUGAAGAAUCUUAGUUUCUGAUUAUUCAGAGGUGCUAAGUAGAUUAUGAAAUUCUUCGAUCUCGAAUCUGACACUCAUUGUUUUUGCUCUUUUGAUGUUUCCUCACACAAUGAUGUAAAACUUUGAAUGGUCAAUUUAAGAUGACCAGCUGAUGAAUAUUCUAUGGCCCUCUUAAGCUUGUU